AUGCUCGCUCGCGGCGCCUCUGCUGUCCCCGACGACGCCGUCCUCCUCCUCGCCCCCGCCGCCGCCGCCCCCUCUCACCAUGCCCCGCCCACAAAGAAACGCAAGCACACCGCGUCCGCCACCGUGACCGCCGCCGCCUCCCCCGCGCCCUCCGACCUCGCCACGACCCCGAACCCCACCGACGCCAACGUCGUCCUCCCCUCCUCCUCACACGACCUCCUCUCCCGCCCCCGCCUCUCUAUCUCCCGCGCCCCCGUCCUCGUUCCCAUCGCCGACGGCUCCCCCUACCACUCCACCGAGCAGCUCGCCACCAACCACCUCGGCUACCGCUACGUCCCCGCCGGCCUUACCCCGCCCGGCUCCCUCGUCCACGUCCGCACCAUCGAGAGCGCACCCACCACCGCCCGCGUCAGCUGGGAAGACCGCAGCCCCUCCAUCAAAGUCACCGCAGACGGCCUCGGCCUCCUCGGCGACCGCGGCUUCCGCAGCGCCCGCCUCAACGCCCCCGUCCGCGAGGGCAAGUGGUACCUCGAGGUCGCCAUCGAGCACGCCGCCGGCGCCCGCACCGAUCCCUCCAAGCCCGAGGGCGCCCACGUCCGCCUCGGCUGGGGCCGCCGCGAGGCCCCGCUCAACGCCCCCUGCGGCCUCGACGGCUACAGCUACGCCCUCCGCGACAAGACCGGCGACAAGGUCACCCUCUCCCGCCCGCGCCCGUACGGCCCCGCCCUCCGCUCCGGCGACGUCGUCGGCCUCUACAUCUCCCUCCCUCCCCUCCGCGCCCCCGCCGCGAACGACCCGCACGACCCCGCCCACGUCCGCCGCGAGCGCAUCGCGAUCGAGUUCAAGGGCCAGGAGUACUUCGAGUACCUCGAGUACGCCCAGUCAAAGGAGAUGCUCGCCCUCAUGGACUUCAGCCGCAAGCCCGCCGGCGACGCAGCCCCGCUGCCCCCCUCCGCCAAAAAAUCCGCGACCGUCAAGAACGUCCCCGAGCGCGGCCCCGCCGCGCGCAACCCCAAAACCGCCCCGGAACCCGCGCCGCUCCGCCCGCUCCCGACGCUCCCCGCCUCGCAGAUCGCGUUCUUCGUCAACGGCGCCACGCCCGGCGCCGCCUUCCGCGAGCUGUACGACUACCGCCCGCUGCGCGCCGCGCCCGCCGACGAGCGCAAGGCGCGCAAGCGCGCCCGCGAGGGCGCGCGCGAGCACAAGGAGAACGCGUUCGACGACGGCUGCCUCGGGUACUACCCCUUCGUCUCGCUCUUCAACGACGCGCGCGUGCGCAUCAACCCCGGGCCCGACUUUGCGUUCCCCCCGCCGCCCGACAUCGACGCCGUGCUCGCCGGGGAGGACGCGCCGAUCGUGUCCGCGGGUGCGGCACAGCGCACGUGGCGGCCGUUCUGUGAGCGCUACGGCGAGUUCAUGGAGGAGCAGUGGGCGCUCGAUCGCGAGGAGGAGGAGCAGGCGAAGGAGGUGCUCGCGCAGGAGACUGCGGAGCAGGAACGGCGCGAUGCGCAGCGCGAGCGGCGUCGUCUGCAGUCCGAGGCGCGCAAGCGUAAAAAGGAGCCCGCGCCCGCCGCGACCCCCACGUCGACGUCCACGCCAAAGCAAGGCGAGCUCGAGCCAGAGCCGGAGCCAGAGCCAGAGCCAGAGCGGGACGGCAGCGCCCCGGCGACGAUGAUCACGGAGGGCUCGCGCGUGUUCCCCAGCUCGUCGCUCGCGAGUAGCUUGGGCCUUCUUUCCUCGGCUGCCGUAGACUCUCCCGCGCCCACGGCGUCGAGCGUCGACAUCGUCGGCAUGCAAAGCGCGUACAACUCGGACUACGGCGACGGAGAAAGAGAGGCGCUCGAAGAAGAGGAGGAAGAGGAGGAGGAUGCGGUGGCCGCCGCCCCCGCCGCCGGACCACGAACGCAACAGCAGUCUUAUUAUUAUAACCAUACAGGCCCGACGCAGAUGCUCGAGGACGAUCAGUAGUUGUGUGUGGUUCUUGCUCCUGUCAUUGUUUCGCACACGCAUCAUCCACGUUUGUAUUCAACAGUAAUUUAUGACAUCGAGACACUCG